GGAUAAUGCAGAUUAGGACAUAACAAGGGGAGCCCAAUUUUGUUCUUUUUCACAUUUUCUAGGGUGAUAGAAGCAUUGGGGACACAAUUAUAGCACUUAAACAUGGAAAAAGUCAGAUUUACAUGAUAUGUCCCCUUUAAUAUACUACACAAUACCACAUGCACUAACAAUUUGUAGUAUAAUUCUAUAAUAUACAACAGUAAACUACUUUUACUAUAGUAAACACUAAAGUAUCCUACAGUAUUUAUUUUCCCAUGUGAAAGGUCUUUGUUUCGUUUUCGUUUAUCCGAAAAAAUAUCAGAAUAGGAGGGGCUUUGUGAAUGUCACGUGAGGCUCUCUUGAGGGUCCGUCAACUCAUGUUCCUUGGUGGUUUUGCCCACGGAAACUUCACGCGACAUACUUUUUUAUUUUUAGGUUUGCCGUCUAGCAUCGUCCCACGGUCACAACAACCUCAGCAUUAUUUUAACAUUAAUGGCGCGCGUGACAAGGCUUUGUUUGUGAAAACCACAGCAGGAUUUCACGCAGACUCGUCGGUGCUCCGUAGGCGUCGUAUUACAGCUUAUGGACACAGUGCGCUAAUGACGGGGAAGAGCUGCGCUAUGGCCUCCGCCGUCCCGGUUGUUCUGCUUCUGUCGGCGGCUUUAUUCGCCGCAACAGUCGCCGAUGAUGACUGUAAGAGCUACUGGACCAGCAAUGGCAUGUACAAGCCACCCAUUGACUGCAAUUAUAUGCAGUUCUGCUGUGGAACCUGCAAUGACCGACGUUGUUGCUACAAUCCACUGGAGAAGCUUUCAGAGGAUGCACAAGAUGAUUGUUUUUUUUAUACAGGCAACAGUGAUGUCAUGCCUCUCGUUGUGGGCGUGACGGUGGCAGGGAUUGUAGGCUUCAUCAUUCUCUUCACCAUCUGCUGCGUCUGUCCCUGCUGCUGUCUCUACAAAACGUGCAGGAAACCUAGACCUAUAAUGACAACAGCAACAACUACGGUCAUAACUUCCCAAUACCCUCAGCAACCCGUCAUACAGGGAGGUCAGUACCCACCAUACCAGCCUAUGCCCCCUCAGCAGGGGUACGGAGGUCAGCCGGCUUACGGAGGGCAGCCCAUGCCGACCGGACCGUAUCAGGGACAACCGUAUGCAGUGGGACCACCACCCCCAUAUCAGGAAGCUGGAGGUCCAGGAUAUCCUGUUCCUUACAGCCAGGCAGCUUUUGCUCCCGGUCAGGCUUCUUAUCCCAUACAUCCUCCGGUUCAGCCUGGUUUUACUCAACCACCCCCACCAACAGACUACAACUCAACUCAACCGGCGUACAACCCAGCCUACAUGCCACCACCAAAGACCGGUUACUAAACCACAAGCAUCUGUGACGUCAGUCUUCACCGGACUUCACUUCCACAAUCAAACAUACUGAGUGCGUUUACAUGCACAGUCUUACGUCGAUUAUGCUUAAUAAACUGAUAACACGUGGGGUCAUGUAAACCUGUAAAACGGUUCUCUUUAAUCGGGGAAAGCCCAUAAACGGCGUAAGCAAAAACCGACCGGCACAGGUAGUUUUUUGCUCAUUACGCCGAUUUCGCGUGGCAUGUAAACACCUUAACCGGCUUUCUCACGGUUUUGUCCAUGUGCGCAUGUCUCCGCGUAUGAAAGAUAAACGUCACACGCGGAAGUUAGCGCAAAGUAACGCAUAAAAGUCUCCGCUCGACUAAAGCAGUUGGCAGAGAAACUGUUAAAAUAGAAGCUCAUGUUACAUUUACAGGUUCUGCAGACACGAGAAGAGAUACAACAGUACAGUUUAAGACAGAUAUGCCGUUAACUUUUUGAACGACUAUUAUGUACUAUAGGUGGUGACGUCACUGCCUGCGAGAAAACGGAUAAUUCUCCAAGUCCCAUGUAAACGCAGUUGUCUGCAUAGCCGGCUUAUUGAUUUGCAUGUAAACGCAUGAAAACUGUUUUUUAUAAAAAGCAGAUUUUUGAUAGUUAUCCGCUUAUUCUGUGCAUGUAAACGUACUCAAUGACUUGCUUUUUUAACUCUUGUUUUUGAUCAACGUCUCUUUCGUCGCACGCGUCACUAAAUGUAGUUUUCUUUGCUCCCGCGCAAUUUGUAGCCACAAGCCAUAUAUUUAGCACCGUUUGGUUCUCGUUCUGUUUACAUUUAGCAAAAAGGGAAAUAUUUGUUUUUUUUCAGCCACAGAAUUGAAAACACUCCUUUCUUAAGUGCCUUAUAUUUUUUUUUUAUUAUGUUUUUGGGUCAUUUUCUGCCUUUACUAGAUAUAUAGUAGGGUAGGAGAGGACAGGAAAUUAUAGGGUGGAGAAAGGGGUACGGGAUCGGCAAAGGACCCCGAGCCGGAACUCAAACUCAGGUCGCCGAAAGUGCGUCUGCACCACAUGUCGGAGCACUUGCCCACUACACCAUUGGCUCCGAACUGAAGUGCCUUAUAGUUGAGACACUCGCUUUAUUUUAUAACAAGUAAUAUGCACAAAACAUUGAAGCUUUAUAAUUGUGCUUGGUGCAUUCAAACGAUCAGGAAUGUAACGCCAGCAUGCCGUCAUGUCAGACUUUAUAGUUUUAUGUACAGUCGACGAUCCAGAAUAUGCCUUGUACAAAUGGACAUGUUUAUCGCAGGGUUCAAUAUAAACUCAAGAUUUUAUUUAUGUCUGGUUUAGUUGUUUGCUAUUGUAAUAGUUGUGAUAUUUUCUGCCGUUGCGAGUGCAUUUUGUUAAUCACAGUAAUUAUGCUUUUGCGCAACUUGUAGCAAAUAAGGGACCCUGUUGUUAGCAAAAAACCUACUUCGUGUUUUUUUUUUUUGAAUGAGGGCGGCAGCUCAUUUUAGAAAUUUCUAGGGAUGGACCGAUAGGAUUUUUUUGGGGCCGAUACCGAUUUAAACAGACAACUUCUGGCCGAUACCGAUAUUAAGCACUUGUAUACAAUACUAUACAGUUGGUCUAUUAGCUAGUUUAUUUCUGCAUCAAAUUAUUUUUACUGAACAUGGAUUGGAUCUAAUUAACAUUCAACUGACCAACAUAAUAAGAGAGGCACAAAUUAAGCUAAAACAAAUAUAAUAAGACAGCAUGACAACCUUCAAAGGUGGUUUUAGCUAUUCAGCAUUUAUUUUAUUAACAACAUUAACUCAUUUUUUUUUUUUACAUAUAAUGGAUUUCUUUAUACAGUUAAUUAAUAAACAAUCGGUAUCGGCCUCUCGUGCUAUUGCAGAUGGUUUCAAAUUCAUCAAAAAUCGGCCGAUUAUUAUCGGCGGCCGAUACAUCGGUGCAGUUUUUGAAUACAGGCAAUUUAUAUAAUAAAUACAGUGUGCAAGGAUAGAAAGAGGGUGAAAUUUUAAUGUUGUUCAACGCUUCUGUGUAUUUGAUGUCUUUCUUUUUUAUAAAGAAAAAUCUUCCACUGAUUCUUUGUGGGUUACGUCAUUUUUUAGGUCCAUUAUAUUUUUUUAUGUGGUCUGAUCUCUGUUUUGUGCAUCUGUGUUUGCAACAGCAAAUAAAACCGUUCUUGUGCUGAAA